AUGGAAACACCUACUCCUUCAGCAAAUCAACAACAGUCUUACGAAACUGAUUUUCCUGACUGGACUUCUCAUACUGAUGCAUGGGCAUUUUUACAAAGUUUGAAUCCAAAAUACAAAAGUAGGUACCUGACACGACAACGAGCUCAAGGUGGAAGUAGCACAGGUUAUCUUUUUGGAAGAAGACAAGACUCAGACUUUAUUUUUGACGAUGACAAGAUCAGUAAAUAUCAUUGUGCAAUUCAUAUGGAAAGUGGUUGGGAUUCAGAUGACGAAAGUGGUAUAUCUAUCUAUUUGGAAGACUUUAGUACGAAUGGCACAUUUGUGAAUGGUAAACCUAUCAAACAUGUUUACAGAAUAAUUAUGCCUCCAAACUUUGAAGUCGUGAAAUUUCAUACAUUAUAUCGAAUGGGAAAACAAUUGGGAAAAGGCAAUUUUGCAACAGUGUACAAGGCAUAUGAUCGAACCGAACUUAUCGAAGGCUCUCAACCAAGAUACGUAGCUGUCAAGUGUAUCAAGAAAUCAAAAUUGGAACGCAAACCUCGAUUACUACCUUCUAUUAUUCAAGAAAUAGGGAUCCUGAUGUCUUUGAAAGCACAUCCUUUUGUCAUUCAGAUUGAAAAAGUAUUUGAUGAACCCAAAAAUAUAUACAUGGUGUUGGAAUAUGUCAAUGGUGGUGAUUUGUUUGAUCUGGUAUCUAACAAUGGCUGCUUGACUGAAGAUCAAUCCAGAUUUAUCUUUUUCCAACUGUUUUCUGGGAUCAAGUUUUUACAUGAACGCCAUGUGAUACAUCGUGAUUUGAAACCCGAAAAUGUGUUGGUGGUGGAUGCGUUCAAGUUACAAGUUAAGAUCACUGAUUUUGGAUUAGCCAAAGUAACUUCAGCCAAAAGAACUAUGUUAGAUAGUCAAUGUGGUACUCCCAAUUAUGUUGCUCCUGAAAUCUUACAUCCUACUGGGUUACGUUCCUAUGGUAAAGAAUGUGAUUUAUGGAGUCUUGGUGUUAUGUUAUAUAUUUGUCUUUGUGGUUUCCCUCCAUUUAAUGCUGAUAUAGCGCCACCAAGCUUAAAGGAACAGAUUCUAAGAGGAUUAUAUACUUAUCCUGCAAAAUAUUGGGACGAUAUAUCUGAGGAAGCCAAGGACUUGGUGGAUCGAUUACUGACGGUGGAUCCUAAAUCAAGAAUCAAUGUGGAUGAAGCAAGAGAACAUGUUUGGAUGUUAAAUGAUAUUGAAGGAUUACGGUGUAGAUUACAAGAUUUACCUGAAGAUGCUGUGGAUUUAUUACGCCAAUAUGAAAUGCUAGCCUCACUUGGACCAACUCAAAUUACCUUUACUCAAUCCUGA